AUGGCGACUCGUUUCGUGAAGUCCCUUGUGAAUCGAAAUCCACGUAACAAUGAGCUCAUGGGUAGACAAGCUGCUAAUAUUGGAUAUCAAUUUGAGAAGGACAAAAGUGCCCGUAGCUAUAUUUAUAAAGUAGAAUUAGUAGAAGGAAAAUCCCAUCGCGAAGGCCGACUUGUUCAUUAUAAGGAUGGAAUCGUUAUCAGUGCUUCAACAAAAGAACCAUCAAUUGCUAAUCAGUUAUAUAGUAAAACUGACACAUCAGCUGCAUUGAACAUUGGACGAGUUCUUGCUUUACGUUGUCUCCAGUCUGGAAUCCACUUUGCAAUGCCUGGUGCAACUAAAGAAGCAAUAGAAAAAAGUCAACAUCAAACAUAUUUCUUCAAAGCUCUGGAAGAGGAAGGCCUCACUCUGAAAGAACCUGAUCACAUUGAACACUCGUAUGAGAAUGACAAAUCCUUCACCUGGAAGCGAUACCCACUGAAGCCAACUAGACAGAAUAAACUCGACGAGCUCUAA